AAAUAUUUGAAAUAAAAGACAACAGAUAGGGGCGGCAGCGAAGGCAGCAAGAGGCUGAGGGGCCAAUAACCUCCAACAAGGGGAUCGCUGCAAUCUGGUCCGUGUUUGCUAAUGAUAAUGCGUCUUUCCAAAGCCCUGAUAGACAUGGAGAUGGCAGAUUAUAGCGCAGCGUUAGACCCAGCUUACACCACUCUGGAGUUUGAGAACAUGCAGGUGCUGGCUAUGGGCAAUGACACGUCUCCAUCAGAAACAACCAACCUUAAUGCCUCCAACAGCAUCGGGGUGAGUGCACUGUGUGCCAUCUGUGGGGACCGUGCCACAGGGAAGCAUUACGGCGCUUCUAGCUGCGAUGGCUGCAAAGGCUUCUUCAGGAGAAGCGUCAGGAAGAACCACAUGUACUCCUGCAGGUUUAACAGACAGUGUGUUGUAGACAAAGACAAAAGAAACCAGUGUCGAUACUGCAGGCUUAAGAAGUGCUUUCGAGCGGGAAUGAAGAAGGAAGCUGUGCAAAAUGAACGUGAUCGAAUCAGCACCCGGAGGUCCAGUUAUGAAGACAGCAGCCUGCCUUCCAUCAAUGUCCUACUGCAGGCAGAAGUCCUUGCACAACAGAUAUCAUCACCAGUUUCUGUGAUCAAUGGAGAUAUCCGAGGGAAGAAGAUCGCUAACAUCGCAGAUGUAUGUGAAUCGAUGAAGCAGCAGCUGCUGGUGCUGGUGGAGUGGGCAAAGUACAUCCCAGCAUUCUGUGAGCUGCCCCUGGAUGAUCAGGUGGCAUUGCUGCGGGCACAUGCAGGAGAACACCUACUCCUGGGAGCUGCCAAGAGGUCGAUGGUCUUCAAAGAUGUCUUGUUAUUAGGAAAUGACCAUAUCAUUCCGAGGAAUUGCCCAGAGCUGGUGGAGGUGAGCCGCGUGGCCAUCCGCAUCCUCGAUGAACUGGUUCUGCCAUUCCAAGAGCUGCAGAUCGAUGACAAUGAAUAUGCCUGCUUGAAAGCCAUCAUCUUCUUUGACCCAGACGCCAAAGGGCUGAGCGACCCCACUAAGAUCAAGAGAAUGCGGUAUCAGGUGCAGGUCAGCUUGGAGGAUUACAUCAAUGACCGGCAGUACGACUCGCGGGGCCGCUUCGGCGAGCUGCUUCUCCUGCUUCCCACCCUGCAGAGCAUCACCUGGCAAAUGAUAGAGCAGAUCCAGUUUGUCAAGCUCUUCGGCAUGGCCAAGAUCGACAACCUGCUGCAGGAGAUGCUGCUGGGGGGUUCAACAAAUGAAGCACCUCAUCCUCAUCACCCUUUGCACCCUCACCUGAUCCAGGAGAAUCUGGGGACGAAUGUCAUAGUAGCCAACACGAUGCCUGCUCACCAGAUGCAUAAUGGGCAGAUGUCAACACCAGAAACUCCCCAGCCUUCCCCACCUGCAGGCUCAGGGUCUGAACAGUACAAGCUACUCCCUGGGGCAAUCGCGACCGUGGCAAAACAGCCGACCUCAAUCCCUCAACCCACCAUCACGAAACAAGAGGUCAUCUAGCAUCAAGCAAAAGGAAAUCAGUCUGUUUUAGAAAGACUGUGUUGGAGAGAGCCCCCGAAUGACUCUGUCACUAUGAAAAAAGGAACCAUCCAUAGAUUCCUGGGCACAAGCACACAGACUUGUUUAUUGGAACAGCAAAAAGCUGUCUUCAUGGGGCUACACAAAGCCUGUGCCAGGAGCCAGCUGAGCGUUACAUAACUGCAAGUUAAAGCCUCAGUGAAAUUCUUAUUGUUAAUAAGACGGCCCAGAUUCCAACCUCAAGCCUGCUGACGGUUGUCUCAAGAUCUGCAUUGACUGGCUAUGAGGUUGCACCUGGCCAUUUCUCUACUGCCUUGGAGUUGUUUCAAAGCAAACCCGACUACAUUAAAAAUGAGUCUCCAGAUAAACCCAUUGCGUCUGCAUGAAAGGAGAUGCCUGCUCUCUUUAAAGCUUCCCAAAAUAGUUCCAAGCCGCAGCCAAAGUUAAUGGAGCUAAAAAUUCCCUGGAAAGCACAGUCCCAGGAGAAGAGGACUGAGCUUUGCAUCAGUCACUGCUGAAAUAACCAAUGCCUUACUGCCUUGUCCACAGCUCUACUGCCUUGGGUCAGGGCUAAGGGGUCAUUAGAAGAUAUUUUCAGGGAUGACAAAAUCCUGUGGUAUAACCUUCUGCCUUAAAUGCUGGUAAAAUGAACCCCCAUGACUAAUGAUUACACAAAGCCUGGUCCACACAGUGACUGAUGUGGGUUGGGACAUCAUUGGCCCAUUAGGAGUCACUACCCGUUUAGAUGUUUCAUUUCUUGGAGGGAUGCUGUGGUUCAUUAUCCCAGCACUAUGAUUUCCUUCCCACAAUACUGAAUGAAGGGGACAAAUGUCACCAAGUUUGCCAUUAUGUUAUGCCAGUAUUGGUGCUAAAUGGACUGGGAUGAUGGUGGGGACAUGGGGGCUCAGCAGAUAUUAGGGAGUGUCUCAAGGAAGGGGGAGAUGAGGGACAGUAUUUAUUCAUCAUCCUGAAAGCCUGCACAGACCUCAGUGAGAUGACUGGCAAGGAGCAGUGCCAAUCCCUGGCAUUGCUAGGCCUCUAUUGCUACUUACAUGGUUAGCUUAAAACAGAAACUUUUUCACAGGGGUGAAGCAGAACCUGUACUUAUGGAGCAAAGAGGUAUGAAGAGAAGUGGGGAAGAGUAAGGAGAGAAGAGAGAAGGGCCCCAGCCAGGAAGACUGGAUGAGAGCUGUUUCCCCAGUGUUUGAGACCCAGGGCUUUAGUUCAAGCUUGUCUUCAAUCCUAAAUGAUUAAAUGUCCAGCAGAAUUCAUAUGCUAAGGGCCAAGGUGAUAGAUUUUUCACGACAGCCCAAAGAUACAGACCAUAGACACAUGAGGGCAGAAAUGAAAUCAUGGAACCUCACAUUUUUCAGCAAAGUUCUCAAGUGGCCAGAGAGAGAUGUUUUAUCUUGCAAAUGCUCCUCCUAGCUCUCAGCCUGCACCUUCCUAUGGAAGCUCCCCCAGUUUCCCUAUUCCUACAUUAUCUUUUUGCUCACCAAAGCCUGUUGGUGCUGAUACCACACUUAUUCCUCUCCCCCAUGGGAGGGAAAACCAUGCACUGGUUUUAAGGCAAAAACUGGAAAAGGACCUCAUCUUCAGAGCAUUUCCCUCUUCUGGGAGUUGGCUGCAGGACUGUGACUGACAGAGGUCUGCCAGAGCUCUGGAUUCUGGGUAGAGCUCUGCUCUGAAGCCUCCACCCUCCCAUUUGGCAGCACCAUGACUGAAGUGAAAGGGACACUUGGAAUGGAAAACUUCCAUGAGAAAAGACUGGAUAGUACAUGUACUGCAUGUGUUCCCUGGAAACUCCUGAAGAUAAGCUAGCCAUUGCUCUCUACAUCAGAACUGCAGUCAUCUUCUGGGGAAACACUAGUGCUUGCUGACCCCUCCCCCAUUGCAUCUCUCUGGAGUCUUAGCCUUGCAAGAACACGAAGAAGUGGUGGAGUCACAACUGCCAAAAACUCUUGGGACUGAUCUCCAGCUGGUGUCCAUCAGAGCAAUCCCAAUUAAGCCCAGCUGCAGACCUGGUCCCUUGACUGCCAAUGCAAAAAGAAGCAGCUCGCCCCUGCAGUGCGGGUGUCAAAGUAUUGUGUUGUACAUCCAGCCUGGUGUCAUUCCGCUGAGUAAUUUAUUGCAAUGACGAAGCCAAUCAUUUUCUAUAAAUUAUUCUGUAAAUCAUGUUGAUUAUUUAUAAUCAGGAAAUUAACUGUGAACAACUUAAUAACGAGACUGUCUUUUCCAAUUGCAACCACUUUUUCUGUCAGUAGAGGUAGUUGGUGGGGAAGAUUUUUUUGGCGUCUGUUUCGUUUGUGCCAGACAUCCCCAGUAUGGUACAUUAAUUUUUGCUGGUUACUGCCUUCCAAUGGAAACAGAGAACUAUUUCUUCACUGGAGUUUGUAUUAAUAAAAAAACCCAGAAAUAAAUGCAAAAAUAUUUUCUAA